AUGGUCCUGUCUGUAGUGUUCUUGAUCGGAGCAGCAAAUGCCAUAAAAAAUUACGACGAAAGCGAGUACAUUCGCUGCAAAUGCAACACUCGGGUGUCCACUGUUGCGGAAAAUAUGUCCGUCAUGUUUGGCGGCGAGGAUAGGUGCAUUUAUCCCUACAAGCACGAAAUUAAAAGUCCAACUGCCCCGUUCCGCGAUUACGACGCCAAAACAGGGGAGACCUAUUGUAAGGUGCUCGCAGGGAGUUGCUUUCACGUGGAGUACUAUCAUCGACACAUGGUGAACGAUGAAGCGAGGCAGGAUUGUGUUAAAUCUAACAAAACCGCAGGCGCAAGUCUUGACGACAAAGCUAAGUGCGUUAAGUCAACGUUUUACUUUGCCGGAUGCGCUGUUAAUCACACGAGACGGAUGGAGGAAGAACUUGAGCUACAGAAAUCCGCCGUCAAUGAAGCAGCACAAGACGAGCUAGACAUGCAGCAUAUAACUGUUGAAGAAUUCCCCUCAAUGAAACGGAUUUAUCACCUUUUUUGUAGAGUGACUUCUAAGUGCAAGAAAUAA